UUGCUUAAGUUGUACGUUCUUCCUCACGCUCCUCUGAGUACAUUUGAUAUCGCUUGCAGCUCUGAAUCGCUACAGUGUAAAAAAAUUUUCCGUAACAGUUUGUAAGAUUUUCUAGAGAAAUAAAUGAAUUCAUAAUAAAUAAGUGCGUAAUUAAGAAAAAAACGAUGUAUGAAAAGUGUAAUCGUCGCUCCUGCCUAUCAUGAGUCGGUCAGAAGCAUGAAGCAGACGUGAAUCUGUCACGAACGAGGAAAAGCUUUAACGAAAUCCUUCUGAGUUUGGCCGGCACCACAACAGUUGUGGGAUCGUUGUUGGGAACCCGGUUGCUACUUUAGUUUAUCAAGUAACCUAUGCAAAUUUCUUAUUUAGAAAAAUAGUUACGGCAACAUAUUUAGCCGGAAUCAUCUAGAGACCGCAGGAUAAAACCUUCACUUUCGCUCUGAAAAACGGACAUGAUGAACGGUCCUCCUGACGUGCGUUCAUCUUACAAAGACGAAGAUGUCUACAAACUGGCCUCCCAGUUGGCUACAUUCAACGUUUCUAACACAUCGUCCUUAGCCCUACCUGUUGAUGACUUCCAAGCUCAGUUCACGCUUGGAGCUGUGGGCGAUUCUUCCUCGGGUUAUUUAUCAGGAUACAGUGACCUACCAUCGUCUUCAGGUGCCGCUUCUAAGUCAGGCAGUGGCAGUUCGUCGGCAUCGCUGAGGUUAGGUUCAUCUUAUGGAGACUACAAAUCCGACGCAGUGCAAUGGAGCCAUAUUGGGGCAUCACGGGACCCCAACGAAACCAUGGGAAGUCACUACGCAAGUUUUUCAAUAGGAUCUUCAUCCUCAAGUUACUCGAUGCCAGGAGAAAAUGAUAGUCCUCCACUGGAUGAAAGAUCGCAAUUUUCCCUCGUUAACUCCUCGUAUGAUCCAUCUCAUUUGGGCGUCGAAUUUCAGUCCGAAGGCUAUCCAACUAACGGAGACUUUCUCUUCGAUAGCCACAUGGAUGACGACCUCAGACAACAUGGGAACGGCCGGAAACAUGGGUCGAGGCAGAGGGCGUUUGAUAUGCUCACAUCUUCCAAAGAAUAUUUGCAGCUUGGAGAUAUUUCUACUCAAGGUAAUUCAAGACAUGACUCAGGCUCAACUUAUCCUGACAUGUUUACAUCAACGCCUAGCAAGCCAAACCACGAAUUGUGGCUGCAGGAAGCUACAUCUCAUCUUGAUUUUGAAUCGCACGAAAUGCAGAACAAGUGUUUCGCCUUAGCCUCUAUGAUUGCUCAGAGACAAAAUGUUAUGAAAGGAAGAAACGGUAGUGGCACAUUGAAUGGGUCACUUUCCAAUGCUGUAGUAAGCGGGCCUGGCAUCUGUUCAGCCGUUCGAGGAAAAACCUCGUCUUUUCAAGUUUUGUUUUCAGAUGCUGCUGAAUCACCACAAGCCUUGAAAGUGGUUUUAAUUGAUCCAAAUAAUCAUCCAUGUGCGUUGAAAAUAAAACAAGUCUCAAGUGUAGCUUACGUAGUUCGUUACAAACCAGACUUUGUUGGAGUUUAUAAAGCAUCUAUUACCCUCAAUGGAACUCAUGUCUCCGGUUCUCCAUGUACCAUUAUGGUGGAUGCUCAGCACAAAUAUCAAGCUGUGUCCUAUGUGAAAGCCGUCAUCGAAGGAGAUUUAAUGAAAACUUUCACAUUUUCUGAACCAUGGGGUGUGUGCUGCGAUACAGCAGGCGUCGUGUUCAUAAGUGACAGGGGAAAUCACACCAUCAGAGUUUUCAAACCUAACUACGUGUACAGUCAUUGUAUCGGCUCACACGGAACGAUGCCCGGAGAACUGAAUAAGCCCGCCGGAAUUACGUGCGAUGAUCAAGACCAUGUAGUCGUCGCUGACAAAGAUAAUCAUAGAAUACAAGUCUUUGAUAUUCAAGGACAGGUUUUACUGGCAUUUGGGGAACAAGGCCACAACUGUCACCAGUUGAAUUACCCGUGGGACGUCGCAACUGAGCCCCAAGGCAGCAUCUUGGUGACCGACAGCCGCAAGGGGCGAGUAGCGAUAUUUUCGGGGGACGGCAUUUUUCUAAGGGAUAUUGGCGCUGACAGUCAAAUUCUCAGAAACCCAAGAGGCAUUUGUUAUCGUAGCCAAGAUGACAAAAUAAUUACAACUGACAUGACUAAACACCAAAUCAUUGUAUUGGACUUGACACCUGGCAAUUCAGGAGCUGAUACGUCUCUCUCCAACCAUCCUUCUUUGAUUGGCCGGAAAGGAAGUAACCCAAACGAAUUAAAUCGACCUCAAGGGAUCACUUGUGACCAGGAAGGAAAUGUGAUCGUUUGUGAUUCGCGCAACUGUAGGAUUCAGAUAUUUGAUGCUGAUGCCAACUAUGUGAACCAUUGGCCUGUCCCCUCUCCUGAACCAUCCAGGCAGGCUCAGCCUGCCGGCGUGGCGGUGACACCAGCGGGAAACAUUUUAGUUGUUGACGCCGAGCUCAAUAGAGUUCUUAUUUAUUAAUAGUGACGUUCAACAGCUAUAUUGCUCACCUUCCGCAUUAUUUUGAAAACAACUUGCUGUAAGCAUUAUAUUAUUAUCGGUUUCAUGCUUUUUUGAAAGUCAGGAGUUUGAUCCAUUGUUACGACCAAGAAAACUAACAAAACUCGAAACAUGAGUGGUUAACUUUUGUCACCUGCAAUUAUACUAUCGUAUAAUGCUUCGAUAUUCUUGCUAUAUUAAAAUACAAAGCCACUAAUUUCAGCGCUAAUCCUAAGCGUAUAUAUAAAGAUGUAUUCUCAGUAUGAGCAAACUUUAAAAAGGCUUUUGUUAGAACUAACUGGUUUCUGCAUUCUUAAAUAAAUGACUUCAGCUGUUCUAUAACAAUAACUUCUACAAAGAUAAGUGCUUUAGUUACGUUGUUUUACAACUGUUUUUUUACAAACUUUCAUAAGUCACUUGCGUAGUUUAAUAAACAGUUUUAACAGAUUUUAAAUAGUAACAAACGUUGUUUUAAUAACUAGUUUCUACAGACUUAAAUAGUUACUUAAGUUAUUUUUACAACUUGUCUAAAUAUU